AUGGAUUUCCAACGCCCUUUAUCAUACGCUCCAACGCCCUACAGCUAUACGCCAAAUCCUGCCCUGUCGUCUUCGAUCAAUCUCGAUGAAGUAAGUCCGCGAUCCCUCAUUUCCGACCCGACUAACCCCGGCAAGGAAGUGAAGCUUGCAUCUAGCUCUACCGAGCGCGAUCUUUACGAAUCGCUCGCCGAGAUUUAUAGCAUAAUCAUCACGCUGGAUGGACUCGAAAAGGCCUACAUUAGAGAUGCGAUACCGGAAGCAGAAUAUACUGAAACAUGCGCUCGUUUACUGAAACAGUACAAAUCGACAUUAGGUGACGACACUGUUGCACGGGAGUUUGUGGACCUGGAAACGUUCAAACGCACGUGGGAUCUUGAAUGUCCUAGAGCAACCGAACGUCUACGAAUUGGUCUCCCGGCCACCGUUGAGCAAGCUCCCCACGGUGCUCAUACUCCAAGCAGUGGUGCGCCCACCAACGCGCCUGUUGGUGGUGCAUCUGGCAGUCUUAUUCUCACAGCGACGGAAAACUUCAUCACCUUUUUAGACGCCUUGAAAUUGAAUAUGGUCUCGAAGGAUGCGCUACACCCGUUACUAUCUGAAGUCAUUCAGUCGGUAAACAAGGUCACUGACCGAGACUUCGAAUCCCGGGGAAAGAUCAUCCAGUGGCUCAUCGCGCUGAACCAGAUGCGAGCGACAGAAGAGCUAAGCGAUGAUCAGGCUCGCGAGCUACCGGUGCACGCCCGGUCACCUGGGCUGCACUUUUCUGUAGUCGUCGUCCCUUCUCUCACAAUGAUUACCGCAGACAAUGACGAGCCUCUUCACGUGCUCGAUUUGCCCCAACUUUAUACCAAACCGUCUGCCAAAGAUAUCCUAGAUACCCUCGAUUUGCUCGCCGUUCAACCGAAAUCCUUUGGAAGUGCCGCGCGGGACGUGGUAAAGCCGGCCAUACAGCCAACCGAUGUAGCAAAAUACCUCACUUCCAUCAUAUCGAGUCCUUUGGCAUGGCUGGAGUCUGAUGAACUGAGAGAAACUAUAUGGGAUGCGACGGCAGUGAGACUCAGUGAGCGGGCUGGUAGAACUGCCAUGCCAGCGCUUUCUCGUGUAUUCGAAAUCCCAACUUCUUCAAAUGAGGAAUUUACCCUCACCCUCCAUGAGCCGUCUCUGACGUCCGAUAACUUAGGAAUGAAGACAUGGGUAUCGUCUUACCUGCUAUCGCAUCGUCUCCAUUCCAUUUUCGACUCCGUGCCGAAUCUAGUCCACCCCGUUUUAAACAAUGAUAAGUCGGUCAAAAAGACCUCCCCCAUCAGGGCAUUAGAGUUAGGUUCCGGCACCGGGCUUGUCGGCCUAUCCUUCGCAAUUCUCCGCGGCCCCCUGGCCUCAAUCCACCUCACCGAUUUGCCAGCCAUUGUUCCCAAUUUAGCACACAAUGUGACACUCAAUUCCGAGCUUUUGGAACAAACCAGCGCCGAGGUUACCACAGGUGUGCUUGAUUGGUCUGUGACCCCGGAGUCGACUCCAACUAGGGAUGAGCAAUAUAAUGUUAUCUUGGCUGCCGAUCCGCUUUACUCUCCUGAUCAUCCCAAGCUGCUGGUCCAGACUAUUGAAAUAUGGUUAAGCCGGGACUUAGAUGCACGCGUCGUCGUAGAAUUGCCUCUUCGAGAUGCCUAUCUCCCUCAGGUCAAAGAACUUCGCCAGAGAAUGCAAGAUGUCGGUUUGGUAAUUGUCGAGGAAGGUAACGAAAGUGGAUAUGAUGACUGGGAAGGGGCAAAUGGAGACUCUGUCGAGGUUCAUUGCUGGUGGUCAGUGUGGGGAUGGAGCGAAAGGCUGUAG